UCACUAAAGUUUGGUUUUUUUUCGUCGCGAAGGUGACGUCAGACUGUAAUGGCGGCUUCCUGCUAUGUACAUGUGUUUGAGUAGCGGAGAUCGACAGAUAUUUUGCCUGUUUCAUCAAAAUGAAGACUCAAAAGCAAAAGUCAAGAAUGAAGUUUCGCCCUAAAGUUCAAAAUAAAGGAAUCAAAAUAACAGGAAAGUGGAAACCUGUGGCACUGGAUCCAAAUCUUUUUGCUGAUGAGAAGCUAGAUGAAAUUGUCUGUUUCGAGGAACUCACAGAUUAUGAGUUGGUGAAGUCUUCUAAAGAGUUAAAGAAAGGCGUGAAAAGAACACAUGCUGGAGAAGUGGAAAUAAAGUCAGAAAGUGAACAUGUUGUAAAGAGCAAGAAAAGAAAAAAACAAAAUGCAGCUUUAGCUGCUCAAAAAGUCGAUGAGGAGGAUGCAUUGCCUGAGAUGGAAGAUGAACCUGAAAAUUUCGAUAUGGGUGUUCAAAGUGAAGAUAAUGGAGAAGAUGUAACAAAAGAUCAGUUUAGUCAGCAAUUAAAAAGCAAAAAGAAAAGAGAGAAACGAAAGAAGAAAAAAAAUACCAGUGUUCAAAAAGACGCUCCAGCUCCCCACUCUGUAAAAAAAUCCAAGAACUGGUCUGAAAAUGCUUUAGCCAAUACAUCUAGUAAAAAUGUUGAUGUUUCUGCAUGGAAGAAUCUGUAUGUGCCACAGGUUGUUUUAAAGGCGCUAAGCUACCUUGGGUUCGCAUGUCCAACUCCUAUUCAAGCUUUAGCUCUGCCUUCAGCUAUCCGGGAUAAAAUGGAUAUUCUGGGUGCUGCAGAAACAGGAAGUGGCAAAACUUUGGCUUUUGCUAUCCCCAUGAUACAUUCAAUAUUGGAAUGGCAAAAACGCCAAGAAUAUGGAGCAGCAGAAGGUGAAACUGAGGAGAAACCAACAACAAGUGAUGGAAAGAAUGAGAUGGAUGUGGCAGAGAAGGAAGAGCAGGACAUGAGUGAGAAUGAAGAAGAUGUAGAGCAAGUAGAUGACAAUGUAGAACCUCUUUCUGCAGCUUGUAUAAAUGUGGAAAAUAUUGAUAUUAACGUCAAUGCUGUGCCCUCCAGUAAAACUGGCACCUGGGAUAAGGAGAGACCUUUGCUGGGGCUUGUGGUGACCCCUACCAGAGAGCUGGCUGUACAAGUUAAGCAUCAUAUUGAUGCUGUUGCCAAAUUUACAGGCAUCAGAACUGCAAUCGUUGUUGGUGGAAUGGCCCCUCAGAAACAGCAAAGGUUAUUGGAUAGAAGGCCAGAAAUUGUGAUUGCAACACCAGGCCGUUUGUGGGAGCUAAUUAGAGAGCGACACCCCCAUCUGCGCAACCUUAGGCAGCUAAGGUGUCUUGUUAUAGAUGAAGCUGACCGAAUGGUAGAAAAAGGCCAUUACGCUGAGCUGUCACAACUGUUUGAAUUGCUGAGUGAAGUCCACUACAACAGUAAACGGCAAACUUUUGUCUUCUCUGCCACUUUGACACUUAUCCAUCAGGCUCCAACUCGUCUGCUGCAAAAGAAGAAGUACAAAAAAAUUGACAAAGACAGCAAACUUGUUUCCCUCAUGGAAAAGAUUGGGAUGAAGGACAAGCCCAAGGUUAUUGAUUUAACCAGGAAACAAGCAACUGUAGAGACCCUAACUGAGACUAGAAUUCAUUGUGCCACCGAAGAGAAGGACUUUUAUCUUUAUUACUUCCUGCUCCAGUACCCAGGGAGGACCAUGGUCUUUGCAAACAGCAUUGACUGCAUCAAGCGUCUGAGUUCUCUCCUUACAAUCCUGGACUGUAACCCACUUCCUAUGCAUGCAAAUAUGCACCAGAAACAGAGGCUAAAGAACCUGGAGCGGUUUGCUGAAAGAGAGAGUUGUGUUCUGCUGACCACAGAUGUUGCUGCUCGUGGCCUGGACAUCCCUAAUGUUCAGCAUGUUAUUCACUAUCAGGUUCCAAGGACAUCCGAAACUUAUGUGCACCGAAGUGGUAGGACAGCUCGGGCAUCUAGUGAUGGGCUUACCUUACUUCUUAUAGGCCCUAAUGACAUGAUAAAUUUUAAAAAGAUUUUCAGGACCCUAGAAAAAAAUGAGGAGCUCCCAGACUUCCCUGUGGAAUCCAAAUGCAUGUCUGGCAUAAAGGAGCGUGUUAACUUGGCCAGAAUGAUAGAGAAGAUGGAAUACUUCAAUUGCAAAGCCAAACAACAGAAUUCCUGGCUCCAACAGGCAGCAGAAGCACUGGAAUUAGACUUAGAUGAUGAUGUUCUAGUAGGGGGGCAGCACAAUGAAGAAGAGGAAAGGGUCAAACAGAAAUCAUUGAAAAUCAUGAAGAAACAGCUAAAACAACUACUGUCUCAGCCAAUCUUCAGGAACAGCUUAAAGACCAAGUACCCUACACAGACUGGGAAGCUAGUCCUGCCAAGUCUCCUGGCAAACCAAUCAGAAAGUGCUCUACUCACCAUCUCAAAACAGAAAGGAAAGAAGAGAAAAGCCUAAGUUAAUAAAUGCAUUCUUUUUUGUUCUAAGUUAAAUAACUGUUUUUGCAUGACCAUCUUUAUGAUCUCUGGAGCUGGGACUAAAGAACCUGAAACUGCUCCCUCUACAGCAAUUGACUUAGAAUGUGUUGCUUGAAAAUACAUCCUGUAGUAUUUAAAGGAGAAAGGCUUGACAAGCAAUUUUAAAUCAUUGCUGUAGUUGUGAAUUGGGUGAGAUUUGGGGCAUUUUUGACCUAGUGUCCCAGGCUACUAAACAUUUUGGUCACUAUUCUCCAUUAUCUAUUUAAUAUAAUGGGACACAUUUUCCUAUUCAAACACUGCCUUACACAGGUAAUCAAAGCUAAAAAUUGUUUAAUCGUUUUUGUAAAGUUAAUAAUGGCAGGUUAAUCUUGUUUUGAUAGUGUAGCCAAAGAUGUGACAUUAUGUACCUCAAAAAGUUACUCAAGCUGCAUUUCUACUGCUACUGUAUUUUCUCUGAGUUGGUUUUGGCAUACAAUAAAGCUAGCUACUGUUAUGAA